UCUCCCGUCGCAUCCGGACGCCGGCGAACAAGAACCGGACCCGCUCAGUUCUUUCUUGUCAUCGUCUCACCGGGGGGGGGGGGAGCAAUAUAUCCUUUGUUAAUUUCUUUUAUUUGUAUUUCUUUAAAAAAAAUCAUGAGUAUUUCUCGCCGUUAUAAUAACUUGUAUUUUUUUUAACGGUUCGGGGUUUACUCUGCCACAAUGCAGGGGUUAGCGAGCUGACGGACGUCACAGGGGAGCCGACGUACCAGAGGAGGGUUCUGCUACCAUCCCGGUGUUGUAAACAUGGAGAAAAGUAACCGGUUAGUAGAGCUGUAUCACUAUCUACAAGACCCCCACCUCGUAGCCCGCUUUCAGCGCUUUUGUGGAGUACGCGGGACGUUUUUGAGAACCGGUACCACCACCGGCACCGACAAGGAGUCGGACCGGGCUCACGCGCACAACAACGGGGCUUGCCAUCACCACAUCGCCGAGGGAGAUGAGAGCGGAACCUCGUCCGCCGUCAUCGGAGCCGGGGAAGGGGAGAAAACACAAACGGGGUCGCCGACGCGUGUUCGCAGGAGGGACGCCGACGCUAGCGUCGCGACGAACCGAGGCGAGGAAAGUGAAACGACACCCCGGAACGGGUCGCCCGCUUCCGGCGGGGAGACGGUGAAACCCCUGCGGAGGAACUCGCUGACGGGCGACGUCGGCCGCGAGUUCCUCAUCGAGAACCGGCUCCUGUUCUACUUGUUCACCUUCGGCACCGAGCUGGGCAACGAGCUGUUCUACAUCACCUUCUUCCCCUUCGUCACGUGGAACGUGGACGCCUUCGUGGGCCGGCGGCUCAUCAUGGUGUGGGUCUGGGUCAUGUACCUGGGGCAGUGCACCAAGGACGUCGUCGGCUGGUCCCGGCCCGCCUCGCCGCCCGUGGUGAAGGUAGAGAUGUUCUACAACUCCGAGUACAGCAUGCCGUCCACGCACGCCAUGUCCGGCACGGCCCUGCCCAUCGCCCUGCUGUUCCUGACCUACGGCCGCUGGGAGUACUCCUUCACUCUGGGCUGCAGCUUGGCUCUCUGCUGGUGUCUGCUGGUCUGCGCACCCCGAUCACAUGGGAUGCACUCAGUCCUGGACGUUAUCGUGGGCGUCUUCUACAGCGCCCUCAUCCUCCUCUUCCUCCUGCCGGCGUUGGACCCGAUCGACGGCUUCAACCUGACGUGCCGCUGGGCGCCGCUCGCCAUCGUCUCCCUGCACCUCCUGCUGGGCUUGUUCUCCUUCAGCCUGGACACGUGGAGCACCUCGCGGGGCGACACCGCCCAGAUCCUGGGCACCGGCGCCGGCGUGGCGCUGGCCUCCCACAUCAACCUCCGCCUGGGCCUGCUGCCGGACGCCGCGCCGGGCCUGCUGCCGCUCGCCGCGCCCGCCCUUGGCUCCGGCCUGGUGGGCGCGGCGCUGCUGCGGCUGGUCCUGGGCGUGCUGGUGCUGGUGGGCACGCGGGCGCUCAUGAAGGCCGUCACGCUGCCGCUGGUGUGCCGGGUGGUCGGCGUGCCCGGUGGCGACGCCAGGAAGGCCCGGCAGCACAUGGAGGUGGAGCUGCCGUACCGCUACAUCGUGUACGCCGCCGUGGGCUUCAACGUGCUGUUCCUGGUGCCGCUGCUCUUCAGCUGGACUCGGCUCUCCUGAUUGGACGUCCGGUCGGAUACCCCCACCGAACCCUGGGUUCGUGACCGUGGCGAAUCAAAAGUCUCGAAUCUGGUCUGAACCAGGAGCUGCUGGAAAAAAAAUUGGCGAGUGACGCCAAAUCUCUUUGAUCUUUUAACAAUUAAUUUCAAAUAAAAUCUGACGGUUUCCUCCUGAAUCCACGACUCGCUGGAUCGGAGCCAAGCUUCCACUUCCUCCUCCGAGAGAAAAAAAACGCCACUGAUCGCUGCUGAUCGAUAACAACUGUGUGUCUUGAUAUUUACAUUUCGACAAAGAACCACACAACUUUUAAAACGUGUUUCAGUGACUCCAUUAAAUAAGUGUUGGUAACCGACGGUUACCGUCAUCAUUUAUUUAUCUGUGAAAUGUCAGAAAAUCAUUUACAAUAUGUUCCAAAAUUCCAAAAACAUAAAACGGAGAAAAGCAGAUAAUCUGAAUCUUUUGAUUAAUUGAUUUUUUUUUUUAAAUUGACAUUUUUUUCUUUUUAUUCAACGUUAAAUAUUUGUGUGGUUUUGUGUCGGGACGCUUUGUAAUAAUUCAUAUUUAAUCUUCCUCUCGCCGGCAGUACGAUUUUUAUACUUCAUUUUGGUGUCGGGGCUCUUCUUGACGGUGACCUUUGACCUGUGGACUGAAACUUAAUGGUUCUCCGACUUUGUUUUACGGUUUUGAGAAGUUUAUUUAUUGGGAUGAUGGGAGUGCCGUUUUCUCUUACAACACUGUAAACUUGACUUCCUGGUCGAGACCCUCCUCGAUGGCGUCCACUUCCUGUGCAGAGGAGUUUCGUCUGGAGGCGUGGGGGUCACAGCUCAGGCAAAUACAAUAUUAUUAUUAUUAUUGUCAAAUUAAAAUGUUACACAAUAUAAUUUUGUAGGAAACGAGACAGAAGGAAAGUAUAAAAAAACACUGAUUAUAUUAUACAAAUUCUCAUAAAGGUUCUUGACGUUAUAUUUAAUAUACGCCAUACACCAUUUAAGCAAACAGGAAGUAGCAAACAGGAAGUAGCAAAGAGAGAAACGUUCUGUUUUGCUGUUUUUAUCAGCAAUAUUUAAAUUUAAGGAUUUUCUAAACUUAAUGUUCAAAUGUUUCUGUUUUUGACAAUUGAACACCAGCUAAAGUCAAUGUAGACCUACACACACACAAUAUAUAUAUAUACAGGACUGUCUCAGAAAAUUAGAAUAUUGUGAUAAAGUUCUUUAUUUUCUGUAAUGCAAUUAAAAAAACAAAAAUGUCAUGCAUUCUGGAUUCAUUACAAAUCAACUGAAAUAUUGCAAGCCUUUUAUUCUUUUAAUAUUGCUGAUUAUGGCUUACAGCUUAAGAAAACUCUAAAAUCCUAUCUCAUAAAAUUUUAAUAUUUCCUCAGACCAAGUAAAAAAAAAGAUUUAUAACAGCUGAGUGUUUGUCAAGGCUCAGGAAACCCUUGCAGGUGUUUCGAGUUAAUUAGACAAUUCAAGUGAUUUGUUUAAUACCCUACUAGUAUACUUUUUCAUGAUAUUCUAAUAUUUAGAGAUAGGAUAUUUGAGUUUUCUUAAGCUGUAAGCCAUAAUCAGCAAUAAAUCAGAAUAAAAGGCUUGCAAUAUUUCAGUUGAUUUGUAAUGAAUCCAGAAUGCAUGACAUUUUUGUUUUUUUAAUUGCAUUACAGAAAAUAAAGAACUUCAUCACAAUAUUCUAAUUUUCUGAGACAGUCCUGUACACACACACACACGGUUCCUCUGUCACUGAAGUGCCUUUUCUCUUUAAAGGUCAUCUGGUGACCUUUGAACUCUGAGCAGAGAAACACAACCUGGUCUUGAUUUAGCAGGAAGUGGACUGGUGCGUCGUCGUUGUUUAGUACGGUACUGUCUUAAUGUAAAUGCACUAUUCCCACAAUGCACUGCGUUCCCGCUGAGCAGUGAAGUUAAACAGCUGAAGAUAUUUAAAGCACAUAUUAAUUUAGAUAUUUAAAUUACUGCUGUAACUAACCACUAUUAAAAUGUUAGGUUGAUCUGUUGAUUAUUUGAAUAAAAUGUCAAAUUGAAAAAACUCGUCAGUUUCCCAAAUAAACAUUGUCUGAUAACAAGACAUUUGACCAAAAUAUCGUUUUUGUCCUUUUCUGAUUAUUAAAUGUUAAUAGAACUUUUUUUUCUUCUCUUUUUUUCGACCAACAUUUCAAAACCCCGAAAUAUUUAUUGUACGACGAUAUAAAAGAGAAAAGCAGGAAAUCGUCACAUUUUCAGAAGCUCCAACCAGCAACUAUUUUGUUUUUUUCCUUCAUAAAUAAAACUAAAUUUAUCACAACUUUUCAGGGCUGUAAAGUAAACUAAGAUUGUCUGGUAUUUUUUUACUUCACUUCCUUUAUGUGACGUUUGUUUUUCCUGUGAUUUAGUAAAAAUAAUGAAGAAUAGUUCAUCCUGUAAGGGAGAAAACAAACAAUUUAUUGUUAUUUAAUAAAACAGUUAUUUGUCUUG